GGCGCGUCGCCGCAACAAGCUGCUUGCUUGUUCAAUGUUGGCUUGAACGAACUCUGCGCUGUGGAAGUUGUGGCUGAAAGCCUGCAUCUCGCGUGUCGGAGAUUAGCAAUGGUCAUCCGCCCGACCUACGGUGCUCGGCUUCGGCAGGUGCUGCGUCGGACUUCUCCUGGCGCCACUGGAGGUGUCCAACGUCCGCAGUCAACGGAUGCCGUCAUUGUCAGCAUGGCCCGCACGCCCAUCGGCAAUUUGGGGGGGGGAAUUUCCGCGCUUUGGGGCCCAAAGUUGGGCGCUAUUCCCUUCCGGGAAGCUGUGGCCAGAGCGGAAGGGCUACAGCCCGCUCUCGUCGAGGAGGUGUUCAUGGGUAACGUGGUCAGCGCAGGGGCGGGCCAGGCGCCAGCGAGGCAGGCGGCAAUCUACGCAGGGCUCCCCGAGUCCGUCCCGUGCACAACGAUCAACAAGGUCUGCGCGUCCGGUAUGAAGUCGGUGAUGCUGGCUGCGCAGAGCCUCUCGCUGGGUCACCGAGGGGUGAUGGUCGCGGGAGGUUUCGAGAGCAUGUCGAACGUGCCGUACUACCUUCCCCAGGCGAGGGGCGGUCUUCGCCUCGGUAACGGUACCGUCGUCGACGGUAUCAUCCAUGACGGGCUGUGGGACGUUUACAACGACCACCACAUGGGCAUCUGCGCCGAGAAGUGCUCGUCUGCCUACGGCAUCAGCAGAGAGGCCCAGGAUGAGCACGCCACUGAGAGCUACCAGCGGGCGGCCUUGGCUUGGGAGAAGGGACGCUUUGACGAGGAGACGACACCUGUGGAAAUCUCUUCUAGGAGAGGCUCGCCGACGACCAUCACCAAGGACGAGGAGUACACAAAUAUCGACCUCGGCAAGCUGAAAGGCUUGCGGCCUGCGUUUGAGCGAGAAGAGGGCACAGUGACUGCGGCCAAUGCUAGCAGCCUCAACGACGGGGCGGCCGCGCUUGUGCUCAUGAGCACCGCAAGGGCGGAGGAGCUCGGGGUGAAACCGCUUGCGAGGAUCCUGGGCUACGGGGACGCUGCUCGCGCUCCGGUAGAGUUCACCAUAGCACCCUCGGACGCGGUGCCGGUGGCACUGAAAAACGCCGCGAUAUCUCUGGGAGACGUCGACUUCCACGAGAUCAACGAGGCAUUUAGUGUCGUCGCCUUGGCGAACAUGAAGAUUAUGGGUCUCGAUCCUGCGAGGGUAAACGUAAACGGAGGAGCGGUCGCUCUCGGACACCCUAUCGGGUCGUCUGGUGCUCGCAUCAUCUGCUCCCUGUACCACGUGCUCAAGCAAAACGAUGGCACGGUGGGGUGCGCGUCCAUCUGCAAUGGAGGCGGCGGAGCCUCGGCGAUCAUCAUCGAACGCUUACAGUGACAGCAACGGCGCUGUACAUCUUGACGUCACGUGCUACAUACUUACCGCCACCCGUACUUGUAGCAUAGAUGUUCCGAUUUUUUCGGGCGCUGCGUUGUUGUUGUCGUUCUUGUCUUGACGUGGAAAAACCGUUCCGGUACAGCAGUAUCUGCUCAGUA